CUUAUGACAUAUGUAGCUUAAGCUUUAGUUUGGUCCCUUGAGGUCAUUUCCGAAAAUUAGCCAUGAAUCUUAAUGAGGCCCACUCUCUGUUUCAGGAAGUUUCAAGUAAACAGUCGUGAUUAAGUCUUGAGGAGCAUACUCUUCGCCAUAUAUAUCAACCACGUCUACUUAUCCCAAGCUUUGCUUAGCUUAAUUACCUCUUUUCUUUGUUGUUUAGAAGUCAGCCGUGCUGCUUUCUCACUUCUACAUUCUUUUUAUCAACAUGGUUCACCUCUCCCGUGCCCUGGUGGCCCUCUCCUUUUCGGCAUCUGCCCUUGCCCUUCCUGCUCUCUCCUCUCGAGCCCAGGCGGCGAGUGAGCACUGUGGAGACUAUGACUAUGUUAUUCUACAGGACACACCAUGGAUUGUCUACAACAUGCUCUACAAUGCGAACCAGAUCGUUGGCACACAAUGCACCAACUACGGCCAGGUUACCACGUCUACCAGCGGAACUCAGGAGGUUAUAUGGAGUAGUGUGACAGACAUCGAAUAUGUGGAAAGCACGAACAAUGUACCAAAGGGCUACUCUUUCGUGGGUCUCACCCAGAACCUUGAAACAAAGCUGUCGGCCAUCGACUCGAUUCCGAGCACUUACAAUUGGACUCGUACCAACACAACUGCAUACAAGGGAAAUGUCUGCUUCGAUUUCAUGACCAACGACAUUAAGGGUGAUUCCACCUCUUCUUCCUCCCGGGAGUUGAUGCUCUGGCUGCAGUACGAGGGCGGACAGCUUCCCAUCGGGUGGACCAACGGCGCUGUUGCCACUAUUGACGAUCUCUUCGGCACCUCGUGGAAACUGUACGAGGAUGUCAACGAGGAUACCGGCAUCACCGUCAGCACUCUGAUGCCCGAUACGCAAUUUGAGGGAACCUUUACCGGGGAUCUGAAGGACUGGCUUCUUGCUUUGUCUAAGCUGGGACGCUUCACUGAGUCGACCUAUGUCAACGUUGGUAAUGCUGGAACCGAGUUCUUUUAUGGCAACUCUGUCAUGAACGCCACCCUCGGAUUGCAGAUCAAUCUUGCAUAAACUAUCGAUAUUCAAUCCUGAAUCGAAUAGCUCCUACAAACCAACGAUGACUGACAUCAACUUGAGGGCAUAGGGGAUGGUUUUGGUAUCCUGAAUUCCGGAUGGGAUAUUCGAAUACAUGGCGUAAUAAACGUGGAUUUGUGGUACACAAAUUUUGAAGUUCAG